AUGGCUGGUAGCUUCGAAGGCCAAUGCAUCAGACUCGAAGUCAUCAGCGGAAAAAACCUUUGUGUCCUUUCCGAGCGUAUACCUGCAGGCAUCUACGUGUCCAUUAAACUCGACCAGACGAGACUCUGGGAAUCAGCCAUUCGAGUCCCAUCAUCCAACAGUUCUGUAGCGUGGGGCGAUACCGUGAACCUACCAUCACAUGUGUCACCUCAAGCAUCGGUUGAGAUCAGGGCAUCCUUGGAGCUCAGUCGGAUGCUAGGCAAUGGAGAACUUAUUGGAAAACUUGAAAUAUCCUGGGGUGAACUGCUCGGUCACGGAGAUGAGCCUUUCGAACUGUCCUUCCCACUUGUUCGCGGUGUCCGCCCAUCUGUCACAAUGAAGGCCGCUGCUGUGAAUGGUUGCGGAAACAACGACGGUGAACUGUUGAACUCCAUCGUUGACCGCGAGAUCGCUCGAGACACGGAUGCGGGUCACACAAAAUUUGGUGAAUACAUGACAAGCAAGAGGGUCUCUGAUCUGAACGAUGCUGUGGAGCAUUAUGGGUCAGUUCUAGAGCGGUGUCCGGUCGGCCAUCCUGACCGCGCAGCUGCACUGACCAACUUCGCUUGGGCACGUCUUCUAGGGUACAUUUGCAAGGAUCGUCAAGACAUCGACUCUACUACGUGUCUAUUCCGCGACGCUCUUGCAUUGCGUCCGCAGGGCCACCCCGAUCAUCCAUCAUAUCUGUACCAUCUCCUUGAAGCAUUGACCUGGCGCCACAGCAAGGAGGCUGCCGCUGUCGACAUCCGCGAAUCUGCUCAAAUCUCCCUUGAGCUACUACCUCUCUGCCCAGAGGGCACAUAUCUUCGGACCACCGUGGCAAGUGGUGUGAAUAAUGUUAUCCGCACAUGCAACAAUCUUCCGAUAGACGCAUCUGAUGAAGGCAUCCGCCUUCGACGAAUCGUAUUCGAGUUCUGUCCUCAGGGCCAUCAACACCAUCACAGGGCACUCCAAAAUCUUUCAGGCGCACUCUCCUUACGCUUUCAACAAAGCGGCUGCAUUGAUGAUAUAGACGAGAGUAUACAACUUGGUCGUGAAGCUGUGUCUCUAUGUCCCGGGGGACAUUCUGAUCGUGGUGCCUACUUGAAUAACCUAGCUGUCUCACUCCACUGCCACCGCUUCCAUCACCAGGGCAAAUCUGAUGACCUUAACGAGGCCAUCUCUCUGGGGCGCCCUCCUCGACCGUUCAAGCAACGUGGUGAGGUAGAAGACAUUCACAGAGCUAUCAGUCUCUAUCGCGAGGCACUGACAUUGCGCCCACCUGGGCAUCAAAAUCGUGACACCACACUUUCCAACCUUGCCCUCGUGCUCAAAACCAGAUAUGGCAAAUCACAUGCCAACGAGGAUCUUGACGAGGCCAUCGAGUUGUACCGUGAAUCAAUUCGGUUAAGGCGGCAUGAUGAUCCACAGCACCAUAGAACUCUUUUCAAUUUGAGCUCGGCACUCUGCUCUCGUUUCACGAGGACUCAGAACAUUGAAGAUGUUGAGGAGGCCAUUGAGCUCUGCCAAGAAUCAUUGGCGGCUUUGCCACCACUCCACCCAGAUAGGUACUACAGCUACAUGUGGCUGCAGGAGGCCUAUCUGUCUCGUUACCGGCUGCAAUGCAAUGUGGCUGAUUUGUCACUCGCAGUUGAAAACUUCAGAUUGGCAUCAAUGCACCCCACUCAAGGAUUCCCAAAACGCAUCAAAGAGGCUAUUGAUUGGGCUCGUCAAGCAGAGAUCUAUCAACAUGGAUCUGCCCUCGAAGCAUACCGAACAUGUUUGGAUCUGUUUGACAACCAUGUAAUGACGCGGUCCUCAAUUAUCUCGCGGCGCAAUGCUGCAACUGCAUUUCACGGCGCACAAUCACUGCCAGUAGAUGCAGCUUCAUGUGCUGUUCGUCAAAAUGAUCUGCGACAAGCGGUUGAACUCGGGGAGCAGGGUCGCGGCCAACAAUGGUCGCUGGCGUCUCGGCUCAGGACUCCACUAGAUGACCUCCAGUCUGCAAGUCAGGCCCUAGCUCACAAACUCACGGAGCUCAACAAGUGCCUGUCUGAUGCUCAAGGUUCUGCAGGUAGCGCAGAUCGAGGUGCUGCUGACCGGGCAGCAAUAGAGUACAGGAAAAUUAUGACAGAAUGGGAAGCUACGGUUGCGGAGGUUCGCAAUAUUCAAGGUUUCUCGCGGUUCCUCCUCCCUGCAUCAUAUGAAGACUUGCAAGCGGCAGCGAGUGAUGGCCCAGUCAUCCUUAUCGCGAGCAAAUACUCGUGCAAUGCCCUCAUUGUCCCGACAUCAGGACAGCCGCACCAUAUCUCGCGAAGCUCAAAGACUGACUUCACAAUGGCAAUACGGCAUACAUCGCUGAUGGGCCAAACAGAGUCAAGGACAGACCUGAUAGUACUCUUGCGGAAGGUAUGGGAUGAGAUCAUGCUACCUAUCGUCAAGGCACUACUCGGGCAUGAUCUCAAAGUCAAGCCCCGCUCUCGAAUCUGGCUAUGUCCGACUGCAGCAUUUACCUCCAUUCCUCUUCACGCAGCUCAUCCCUCUCGAACGAAAGCAGACAGAAGUGGGCGGGAACUAUCCCUCGAGGAUAUUUAUGUUUGCUCUUACACCCCCACACUUUCGGCUCUCAUCAGAUCUCGACAGGCGAUGAAGACGACGCCGCGUGCAACUCCAUCGGUUGUGGCGAUUGGGCAGAGUCAACCAGGCGCAGGGCAAGGCACGGCGCUCGCCACUGUUGACAGUGAGCUCGAGCUCGUCCAUAAACUCCUUCCCCCCAAUGUCAAGUUCACCAGUCUUUCGGGAGGAGAAGCUACACAGGCCGGUGCACUCGAUGCUUUGCAACGCAACACCUGGGUGCACCUGGCUUGUCACGGCAAGCAGGACCGUGAGCAACCUUACAAUUCACGGUUUGCCAUGAGAGACAAACCUCUCACCCUCCUUGACAUCAUGGAGAAUGACACUCCGCAAGCUGAAUUCGCAUUCUUAUCGGCGUGUCAUACCGCCGUCGGCGAUGAAGAGACGCCCGAUGAGGUCAUCCACCUCGCAGCUGGCCUACAGUUUUCAGGGUUCAAGAGUGUGAUUGGCACGCUGUGGGUGGUCGAUGACGAAGUCGCCAAGCACGUUGUUGAAGUGUUCUACGAGAAUAUGUUCAAGGAUUUGAAGGAUGGUGUCUUGGACUGUACGAAGGCAGCAAAAGCACUCAAUUAUGCUACGCAUGGGGUGAAGAAGUUGGUGCCGCUCGAGCAGAGGAUUGUUUUCAUUCACAUUGUAAUAUUUGUACUAUUAAUGUUGCAGCGGGGGCACAUUCUUUUGCUCAAGUGCUUCCUGCAAUACGAGUUGACCUUCCAACCAUUCAAUUCAAGUCUGUCUUGGAAAAAUGCAGCUAUUUGA